AUGCUCAACUACAUUAAAGUGGAGGACUGCGCGCGCACCGAGACCUGCUCUCCGAACGGGGGCUCUCCACAACAGGCCGUGUGUGAGGGAUGCUCGCGGCUCAUCUCGGACCGCUUCCUGAUGCGCGUCAACGGCGCGUUCUGGCACGAGCAGUGCCUACAGUGCGCCGCGUGCCAGCAGCCGCUCACCGCCACCUGCUACUUCCGGGACACCAAACUCUACUGCAAGACUGACUACCAACAGCUGGUGUGGAGUAAAUGCAGUGGAUGUUUGGAGCAGAUCUCUCCCUCGGAGCUGGUGAUGCGCGCUCUCGACAGAGUGUACCACCUGAGCUGCUUCUGCUGUGGCGUCUGUGAGCGACAGCUGUGUAAAGGGGACCAGUUUGUGCUGAAGGAGGCACAGUUGCUCUGUAAAAGUGACUAUGAGAGGCUUUGCACUGUUACCCCCGUCAGCUCAGACUCAGAUAAGAGUGAGGAUGAAGGGGUGGAUGUCAAUUCAGAUGCUAAAGGCUCUGGAACAUUGGGGAAAUGCACUGAUGACAAGGAUCCACGGCGACCAAAAAGGCCACGCACGAUCCUUACCACCCAGCAGAGGAGGGCAUUCAAAGCCUCCUUUGAGGUCUCCUCCAAACCCUGUCGAAAGGUGAGAGAGACUCUGGCUGCAGAGACUGGGCUCAGUGUUCGAGUGGUUCAAGUCUGGUUUCAAAACCAGAGGGCCAAGAUGAAGAAGUUGGCACGCAGACAGCAGCAACAGCAGGAGCAGCACAACACUCAGAGGAUUGGUGCAGAGGUGAUGACAGGCUGCAUGGAGAGUCUGCUCACAUCGUACUCCAGAGGUGCGCAUGUGUUGAGCCUGGAUCACAGUAACUACAGCUCAGAGUACCAGCAGGGGCUGACCCCUCCUCAGAUGCCCGGGGACCACAUGCACCCAUACGGCUGCGACUCCAUGUUCCAUGAUAUUGACAGUGACACGUCUCUGACCAGUUUAAGCGACUGUUUGAUGACCACCCCAGAUACGGCCAUGCAGAUUCAGAGUGGAAACCCUAUUGACCACCUCUACUCAAUGCACAGCUCCUACUUUGCCUCCUGA